UAGAGUAUGAAUUUGGCUAGUGAUUUUGUGCCUUCACACGAACUAAUCGCAGACACGUUUUUAAAACCACGUUUACACGUCUAUGGUUUUCACUACACUUCACUACACUGCCAAAGAGAUGGCGCCAAAACCGUUUUCUUCAGGAAUUCUCCAACGGUUUAUGGCGACAUCGACUGGUAAAUUAGUUCAGGAACGCUAGCGCUCACUCGAGGCUAAGUUGAGAUCUUUUCUACGUUACUCUUAACAGUUACAGGUGGCCUCUUUACAGAAGUGAAAUGAAUUGGUUUCACUGUAAUAACUGUUAUGUGAGAGAGGGGAAAAAAUUCGUAGUGUCCAGUUGUGGCCAUAUAUUUUGUGAGAACUGCGUAAAUACAAGUCAGUGCGGAAUUUGUCAUGGCAACUGCAACUACCUCCAUAUAUCUGAUCAGAUGAAGCCACAGGAAAAGAUGUUUUUCAAAGAUCCAGUGAAACUCGUUCAGUCUCGACUGGAACAUAUUGCACAGAUUGCUAUUUUUCAGAAAAGGCAGAAGGAGCGAGUCAUUGCAUUUCUAAGGAGCAGGUCUGUGGAACUAGAACGAAAAGUGAAAGAAGUCCGUGAUCAGUGCUACAGGCAAGUGUCUGAGCUGAAACAAGAGAACGAAGAACUAAAGAAACCGCUUUCUCAGAGGAGGACAUCUCCUGGGAGGUUCCCAAUUAAUGGAGGAACUCCAAGGAUGAUUCUUCCUGUGGCUGUCACAUCCCCAGUCACACCUCGCUCAAGAGCUGUCAGUUCGGGUGACACUUUGGAGAGGUUUAGACAUUCCAGACUCGGCAUGACAACACCCCCAGGGUCAUCCAUCUCUAUGUCUAGCAUGAGUUCAGUACACGAACAAAGUUUCAGGACACCCAGCUCAGUUAACACUCCGACAAGGUCCCAACAUACAACCCCAAACAACUUUCAGUUCCAGCUUCUGGCUAGGCCUACAAUCCAGUCCCCGAGGCAAUAACCAAUAAUCAGUUGUAGCUAAUUUGGGUCAUUAGAAAGCCACUUCAUCAAUAUCGCACCAAUAUUUCAAAAGAUGAGUGAUCUACUUCAUCCAUCCUUCAUAUCAGUAGAUCUAAUUGUAUUGACAUUAAUUUAUUUGAAAAAUACAGUUUUUAAGAUUUUGAGUAAAUAAAUGCUAUAUAAGC